UCCCGGGCGCGGCCCAACCCGCGCGCCUGCAGGCCCGGGCCUCGCCGCCGCGCGCCGACUUCCGCCUCCGGUUCCGGGCGCUUCCGUUUGUAGCGGACCCCGCGGAAAGAUUCGUUCCCUUUCUGGGCGGUCGCUCGGAUGUCUUUCCGACCUUAAGUCCUCCGGAGAUGGGUGUUACUGUUAACCGGGCCUCUAGGCUCCGUUGUCAGGAUUACUCUCUUCCCCAGGGCGUGCUACUAACCCCCGGGUGUCCGCCCGCGGGCUUCAGCAGAGGAUGAGUCCUCUGUCUUCCUGUCAUCAGUAAGCCACUCUUCCCAACGGCCUUCCCGCCAUCCACGGUCCUCAUGUCCACCUUACUUCUCAAUUUGGAUUUUGGUGAACCUCACCCCAAAAAGGCAUUAGAGGGGAAUGCCAAACACCGGAAAUUUGUCAAGAAGAGGCGUCUCUUGGAACGGAGAGGCUUUCUGAAUAAGAAGAACCAGCACCCUAGCAAGGUGCCAAAGUUGAACUCAGAACCUCCGAAGAAAGGGGAAACCCCUAGGGCGGAUGGCACAUGGAAGGUGUCUCCCCUUCCGAAGAAGAAGAAGAAGAAGAAGAAUGCCGCCUCCAGCAUUGGACCAGAGCAGUCCCUGGGCCGGAAAGCUGCGGUGCCUUGGCUGACCCCUGCCCCUUCGCAGAAGGCUGCGUCUGUGGUGGCUAAAGUAGAUUUGCUGGGGGAGUUCCAGAGUGCUCUUCCAAAGACGAGGAGCCGCCCGGCUCACCCCCAGAAGAAGGGCCCCCCAAAGAACCCCGCUCAGAAAAAUGCCCCACAGAACUCCGGCCAGCCUCCUCUAGAGAGGAAAUGCUCCGGAGCAUCCCAGAAGACGCCAGGGAAAAUGGUGGCAAUUGACUGCGAGAUGGUAGGCACAGGACCCAAGGGGCACGUCAGUUCCUUGGCUCGAUGUAGCAUCGUCAACUACCAUGGAGAUGUGCUUUAUGACGAGUACAUCCUCCCCCCCUGCCACAUCGUGGACUACCGGACCCGGUGGAGUGGCAUCCGGAAGCAGCACAUGGUGAACGCCACGCCGUUCAAGGUCGCUCGGAGCCAGAUCCUGAAGAUCCUCGCAGGGAAGGUGGUGGUGGGGCACGCGGUGCACAACGACUUCAAAGCCCUUCAGUACUUCCAUCCCAAGUCCCUCACCCGCGACACCUCGCACAUCCCGCCCCUCAACCGGAAGGCCGAGUGCCCGGAGAACGCCACCGUGUCCCUGAAGUGUCUCACCAAGAAGCUCCUGAACCGGGACAUCCAGGUCGGGAAGAGCGGACACUCCUCCGUGGAAGACGCUCAGGCUACCAUGGAGCUGUACAAGUUGGUUCAAGUCGAGUGGGAAGAGCACCUGGCCCAGAAUCCCCCAAAGGACUAGCGGCAGCGGUGAGGAGAGGCGGGGAGCAGCGCCGAGACCCCGAGGAGCGGGCAGCGGCCCGCACACUGCCCCGGCCGCCAGAGGGAGGCUCCACCCCCACUAAGAGUCACUGGAAUUUCAUCUCUGGUGUCGUGUGGUGUCUCGUUAAGAAUCCGGAAGGUCUCUGUCAGGAUCAGCCCGUCCUGUUUACCUCUUAAGUGGUGCUGCCCGCGGGUCCCAGGGUGCUGGCUCCCAGGCGGGCCUUUUGACUUUUCGAGGGGCAGGGUGCCCUGGGAAGUGGCGUUUCCCAAACCGCCCCAUCACGCGGGUGGCCGCGCCCCGAGCUAUGCCUUUCCUGUUCCGCCUUUCGUUCUCACGUGAAUGGCAGCGCCCCCUUGUGCGCUCGGGACGCUGGCUGGGUGAUCACAGCCUCUGCUCUGGCUCCGACUGCGCCGGCCCAGCGCCGGUGCUUAGGGGAGCCAUCCCCCCGAGAGGCUCAGUUCUCGGGCACGAGGGCGGGACGUGGAGGCCAACCUUCCUGACUUAGGAACACAGCGUCUCUCCUAAAGUAAUUGAGGAUUUAUUUAAUUUAGAUCCCACUGGGUAGGUUAAAAAAGAACUUUUUUUCGUGGUUUUUAGUCUCUUACUUCACUAAAGCAAACCUUUAAGGACUCAAAUGGAUUCCCUUGAUAAAGUUUUAUAACGGAAAAA